AUGUUUGAAUUAUGGCAUAAAUGGGACAUACAACAUCAACAACAUCUUGCAGAUGUUCAAGCAAGAUGUAUGAUGCCUGCAGAAAGAAAAAUUCAACAAAGAAAAAUGAAAGCACAGGCAUUGGCAAAUACUAUUAUAGAAACUAAUAUUGGUAAACACUACUAG